AUGAACGACUUCGAUAUUAUUCUAAUCACCGAGACUUGGUUAACUUCUGGCUUUUACAAUACUGAAUUAUGUGAUGACCGAUAUGAUGUGCUCCGUCUCGAUCGGAAUUCUAAAAAUUCUACUAAAACGUCGGGCGGCGGUGUUAUGUUAUGUACGAAAAGGUCUCUGCAUGCGCAAGAGAUGGCCGAGUGGACGUGCGACGGCGUUGAGUGUACCUGGUUGACUAUUCCCGCUAGUACGCUCGCGUCGAAUGAAUGCAUUAAACGCGAACUACAUAUAUGUAUUGCAUAUAUACCACCUGACGAUUUGCAGUCUGUAAGACUUACAGCGUUUACAGACUUUCUCCUAUAUAUUUUCUCAUUACACCCAAAUGAUCAUUAUAUCAUAGCUGGCGAUUUCAAUCUACCCCACAUAGGCUGGUCUCCAACCUUUGAUCCCACCUUCCUUAGACGUGGUACUAUAAACCUACAAAAUGCGGGUGCAAGGUUUGUUGAAUCAUGCAGUAGUCUUGGCUUCAGUCAGUACAAUUUGCAUAAAAACUCCUCUGGAAAUAUACUAGACCUAAUAUUUAGUGACACAUACAUCGAGGUGUCUAAAUCUUGCAGUUAUCUCGUUAAAGAAGACCCAAGCCAUCCAUGUCUGGAACUGAAAGUGUCGGAAUUGAUGACGCCUAGUAUUAAAUUAAAAAAGGAGAUAAGAUAUAACUUCAAGAAGGCUAACUACGAUAAAUUAAAUUAA